AUAUGUAGUUUUACUUGUCGAAACGAAGAAGGAUUUGCAUUGUUCUCAGUGCCAGGGAACGAGUUCGAACAAUAAUAUGUGAAAAUAAUUUUGGAAUGGCUACCGAGACUGUAAACAGGCAUUCGGAUAGACGGCCAUCGGCCGUCGCUAUAGACACCGAAGAUGAUUUGAGAGAGUAUGAAGAAGAUAGAAAGAAAAUUCUAACAAUGAAAUACGGUGCGCACCAAAUGAAACUUAUUCGAAAGAGGUUGGGCGUUGAAUUUUGGAUGGAUGAUCAAUUAAAAAAAUUAUACAAUGUUCAGGAAACACAUGCUUACGACUGUGAAAUUGACUUAGAUAAACUACUGGACAUGGAGAACGACGAAGCAAGACGAACUUUUCUACUGAAUGCCCUAACUACUGUACCUGACGAUGAAGAUUUAGAAAGGAAAAAGGAGGAUUUCGUAAAUCAAGUUUUAGAAAAAGCCGCAACUUUGUAAAAGAUAGAGCGAGAGAGAGAGGGAGAGACGAAAAAAAAACAAAAAACGAAGGGGAGCUUUUUUUUCUCCUAGUCGAUUAAACGAGCUUUCAUGUACAAAAAAACGAGAAAGAAAGCCUAUAUAUAUAUAUAUAUAUAUAUAUAUAUAUACUUUUGUUUCUUAUAACGAGAACAUUCUUUCUAUCCAUCCUGAAGCUUUUUUGUAUAAAAAUCAGCUUUUAUCAACUAUGCAAAAUAAUGUACAUAAAAAAAUAAUAAGCAUAUUAUGUGUGUCUUUUUAUUUAUAUCAUUAUACGAACCGAUGACGGAGAGUUUUGUUUUUUUGUUUCUUUUUCUCUGACCCCCUCUCCCCUUCCUCCUCUCCUCCCUCACACCUACACAAACCUACUUUUUCCUCAUUGUUUUGUAUUUUUGUUUUUUUUUUCUUUUACCUUUUUCAUCUUAUCCUCUCUUUCUUUCUCUCUCUCUCUUAUAAUUUUUGUUGAAUUGUUACACACAUACACGCAACAGAAAGACUAAUAAUAUUCUAGAAAAUGAUUACUAAUAGUAAUGGCGAUAAUCGUGAUACAUAUAUAUUAUUUAUUUAUUAUUAUCAUUCUGCUCUUACUAGUCGUUUUCCAUAUAAAGAAAGCAUUAAAACUUCAAAAUAAAAUAUAUCUACAUAAAAGAAAGAAGAAUAAAUAUCGCCUAUUUAUAUAUAUAAAAACUGCUGGGAAAAUGUUUAUUAGUUACUCAAAUAAAAAAAUGACUAUAUAAAAUCUUAGGUUUAAAAUUUUAUCACACUCUAAAAAGUAUAUUUUUAGUUUCCUAGCUUAUCUAUCUUUUCUGUUUAUUUCAUCAUUUAAACUUUUCAUGCUGGGUGUUUAUUUUUCUUAGUCGUAAUUAUUACGUUUUAAUGUGUAUACUAUACGUUAAUUUUUUUUUUGAGAGAAUAAAUUCCUCAGGGACGAAAUAAUUCUGAACGUAAAAAAAAAUAGAAAGGGCGAUAAUGUAAUAUUAAUUUUAUUGUUUAAUAAAGGGUCAAUCAAAUACUAUAAUAUCGCCCAAGUAGGAUUUAGUAUAUAUACUGUAUAUGUCAUAUUCGUUACAAUUAUAUAUUUUUCUCAUUUGACUGACAAGCUGUAAUAUUUAAAGAAAAACACUUGUUGAGCGUGAAGAGAGAUAUUUAAUGCACUAGUAAAAACAUUAAAUGGAAUUUUAAUUAAUACAAAUAUUGUUUUUGAAACUUUAGUCAAUGGGAAAAAAAGUUGAAUUUCAUUAUAAAUACAAACGACUAAAA